AUCGAGUGGCUUGCGGGCGCUUAUGUGAACAUCUCCACGUGCUUGUUAUCGUGAGAAGAUUCCGACGACUCUUAAAAAAAUGUUGGUUUUAUUUGAAACCCCGGCUGGUUAUGCCGUAUUCAAGCUUUUAGAUGAGAAAAAACUUAAGAAUGUUGACGAUCUUUACAAGGAUUUCGAGACUCCUGAUGCGGCGAGCAAAGUUGUUAAGCUCAAGCAUUUUCACAAGUUUGACGAUACCACUGAGGCUUUAGCUGCUGCAACUGCUGCUAUUGAAGGCAAAAUGAGUAAAGGCCUAAAGAAGCUUCUAAAAAAGGUAGUGGCCAAGGAUGCCCAUGAGCAGUUAGCUGUCUCUGAUGCCAAGCUUGGAAACAUCAUCAAGGAGAAGCUCAGUGUGAAUUGUGUAGCCUCUACUGCUGUACAUGAGCUUAUGAGAGGAAUCAGAAAUCAGAUGAACAACCUAAUCACAGGUUUACAAGACAGGGAAAUGAGUGCCAUGGCUCUUGGUCUGGCUCACAGCCUCUCAAGAUACAAACUCAAAUUCAGUCCAGAUAAAGUUGACACCAUGAUUGUUCAGGCAAUCUCAUUGCUUGAUGAUCUGGACAAAGAAUUGAAUAAUUACGUGAUGAGAUGCCGUGAGUGGUAUGGAUGGCAUUUUCCGGAACUUGGCAAGAUUGUCACUGACAACCUUGCCUAUGCCAAGACUGUCAAGAAAAUGGGUAUGAGGACUAAAGCAGGCGAACUUGACUUCUCUGAGAUUCUUCCCGAGGAGGUAGAGGAGGAACUAAAGACAGCAGCUGAGAUAUCAAUGGGAGUUGAGAUAUCACAAGAGGAUAUUGAUAACAUAAUCUUCCUGUGUGACCAAAUCAUGGAGGUUGCAGAGUACAGAGCCCAGUUGUACGACUACCUCAAGAAUCGCAUGACUGCUAUUGCACCAAACCUUACUGUACUGGUCGGAGAGCUGGUUGGAGCUAGAUUGAUUGCCCAUGCAGGUUCACUCCUUAACCUUGCCAAGCACCCUUCAUCUACUGUGCAGAUCCUUGGAGCCGAGAAAGCACUCUUCAGGGCUCUGAAGACAAAGCAUGAUACUCCAAAGUAUGGCCUGAUUUAUCAUGCAUCUCUUGUUGGGCAAUCAGCCCCAAAACACAAGGGCAAGAUCUCGCGUAUGCUUGCGGCCAAGGCUUCAUUAGCCAUUAGGGUGGAUGCCCUCGGAGAAGAUGUUGGUACAGAUAUGGGCAUUGAAGCUCGUGCCAACCUUGAAGCGAGGCUAAAGAUGAUCGAAGAUGGACAGAUGAGGAAGAUCAGCGGAUCAGGGAAGAAACAAGCCAAGGUGGACAAAUAUGAAAACACAAGCCAAGUGAAGGCCUAUAACCCAGAUGCAGAUUCCACUAUUGGUAAAUCAGCCAAGAAGAGAAAGCACGAAAAAUCAGACGAAGAGGAGACCGCUGCCACACCAGAAGUCGAGUCACCGCCAAAAAAGCACAAAAAGGAAAAGAAAAGCAAGAAGGAAAAGACCAAAACUGAAGAAAGUGACGAAGAGGCCGACAUUUCAGCGGUGCUAGAAAAUGGCGAAAAGAAGAAGAAGAAGAAGAAAAAGAAGAAAGCCAAGACCGAAGACUCCGACUAAUGCGAACUUCAAUCUCCUUAUCUUUAAUUAUGUAAAGUUCGUUACUGUAGACUGUUUUUAAGAAACACGAAUAAAAGCAAACAUAAUUUCCAA